UAUGCAAAUACUCUUUCAUAAUUUUUCAAAAGUCAUUUGCGUUAUCAGAUGUUGCAACGUUGUCAGUUGUUGCGUUAUUAGUUCAAAAGUCGAUGCGUUUCUUCGAUAUGCAGAUUUCAUACAGACUUGAUCAAAUUUUUUGGAUUGUCGUUCGUUCUAUAAUUCGUUGGUACCUGGCUUUUUUUAUGAUAUGGAGAUUUCGUACAGGUUGGAUCAAAUUUUUUGGACUGUCGUUCGUUUUAUAAUUCAUUGGUAUCUGGCUCUUUUUUAUGGGCGCAAAGGAAAAGUCGUCCCCCCAAUAAAAAGUCAACUUCUCCAGAAAUCCGCGACUCAGUUAGCUAAGGAGAUACGUGAAGGCAAACUCAAGAGCACAGAUGUUGUGGAGGCCUACAUUGAAAGAAUUCAAGAGGUGGAUCCUUAUAUCAACGCAACAGUGGACCGUCGUUUCCAAGAUGCCUUGAAGGAGGCACACGAAGCAGAUCUGCUGAUUGCUUCAAGAAAGUAUACCGAAGAACAGCUGAUGAAUGAAAAGCCUUUAUUGGGAGUUCCUUUGACUGUCAAGAUGGUACUUUUUGUUAAAGGUCUUCGGUGCACAGGCGGAUCCAAGCUCUUCGAGGAUCUCGUACCCACUGAAGACGCACCUACUGUUGCUUUAAUGAAAAAAGCCGGAGCCAUAAUCAUAGCCACCACCAAUACUCCCGAAUUCGGGAUGAAUAUAGAAUCCGCAAACUUCGUGCACGGUAGAACUCGCAAUCCGUAUAAUACGAACAGGACUCCUGGUGGAAGCAGCGGAGGUGAGAGUGCUUUAAUCGCUUCUGGUGGAUCUGUGCUUGGAUUAGGAAAUGAUCUUUUGGGAAGUCUAAGAAUUCCGGCUCAUUUUUCGGGUAUUUUUGCCCACAAACCAACAGCAGGUUUAGUACCAAAUGAAGGGUGUUUACCACCCGAGCGAUUGGUUGGUGAGAAAUUUCCCACGCCAGGAAUCAACAAAUAUAUGUUCAUGGGCCCCAUGUGCAGAUACGCCGAAGAUUUGGUGACCAGCAUGAAAAUAUUAUCGACAAAUAAAGAAAUAAGAAUGAAGUUGGGAAAAGAGAUUAACUUUCACAACCUGAAAAUUUGUUAUCUAAAGGAGAUACAGAGUUAUUUGGUUGCUCCUGUGGAUCCAGAAAUAUCGCGGGCCUUACAAGAAGCUGUUUUCUAUUUCGAGAAACGGUACAGCGUCAAAGCCAGAGAAGUAAAAAUGCCUUUGUUAAUGGAUGCUACAAGAUGUAUAAUUAAUGCAUUCCACAACUCAACACCAGAUUACAUAGAUAUGCUUACAGGAGGCAAAGGCGUAGACUUCAGCUUAAAAGUAGAUUUCCUCAAGUCCUUCUUUGGAAAAUCAACUUUAAGUUUUCCUGUUCUUGCAAUACUCACUUUUGCUUAUUUUCCUUUAUUCUACAGAAAAUGUCGGAAUUCCCACUAUGAAAAUAUGUUAGAAAAGUGGAUGAAUGAAUUCAGCAGUCUGCUGGAUGAGAAUACUAUUCUCCUAAUGCCCAGUUUUCCAUUCAGCGCCCCUUAUCACAGUGAGGGGUUAUCCUUAUGUUUAAAUGUCUGCUACACAGCGCUUUUUAAUUUUCUGGGAUUACCGUCUACCAACUGUCCAAUAGGAUUCAAUAAACAGAAACUGCCGAUUGGAAUUCAAAUAGUAGCUUGUAAAAACAAUGACCCCUUGACUAUGGCGUGUGCUGAGGAACUAGAAAAAGCGUUCGGGGGAUGGAAAGCACCAGGUGGGAAAUGUUAACAUGGAUGUUUGCCCUGUAUUUUUUUGUCACACA